CACAUUUUUGCAAUAAGCCAAACACGUUCAACAAUGACAUAUUACUUGUAUAUAUAAAUAUAUGUUUUACGACAAUUUCACAUACACACACACACACGACGGGGCAAAGGACAAUCUAAACAUGAAGGGUUCAUUCUCACAUGAUGUCAAAGUGAAAGUUCCGGCAGCCGAAGCAUGGAAAGUUUACGGCACGCUUCGACUGUCGGAAGUAGUACGGCAACGGCUACCGAACGUCCUGUCCCGGCUCGACGUGUUGGAAGGAGACGGCGGUCCGGGAACCAAGAUGCAUCUCGUAUAUCCACCCGGAAACCCGCUAGGUUCGUUGAAAGAAGAAUUCCUGGUUGUGGACGAUCAAACCAUGACGAAAAUAACGCAAGUGUACGAAGGCGGAUACCUAAACUUCGGGAUCACGCUCUACCGGGUCACCUUUCGGGUCGUCCCGGAUCCCGAGGACGAUCGUGGUUGCACCGUCAAGUGCACUCUUGACUAUGAGAUCCGGGAGGACUCCAUGGCCAAUGCGGGUUUCGUCUCCAUCAAGGCUCUUUCCUAUGUUAUGGAUGCUGCUAAUGAUUACCUUCUCAGCUCUAGUGGAGUUACUAAUUAAUUAACUGAUCAUUGUUCGUGAGAGGGUUCAAGAGUUGGGGAAUAAUGUUUGUUCAUUUUUAUUUUUAUUUUUUUAAAUAAAAUGAAAUUUAACGUCAAAAAUUAGACUAUGAAGUGUACCGAAAAUAACUUCAACUCUUGAACUCUCAUUUGUAAAGAGAGUAAAGUACAUCAAUUCAAGAG